AUGGAUUUAAGACUCAUGACUUUGGUGGAUAUGGGACUGACAUUAACAGAAGCCGUAGCAUCGCUUAAUCAGGCAAAUGGUGUGAUUGAACGAGCUGUUGAGCUACACUUUUCUGGAAAUGUCAGACCCAGUCCACUCAAACUCAAACCCAUUGAUUCCAAAUCCACCACUAAGCAGGCAGAACAGUCCCAGAGAGUCGCUUAUCAAUCAAAAUGGCUAGGAUUUGGAUCGAAUAUAUGUAUGUUGGAUUUUCAGGAUUACUUUACAGUUUUGAUUCUGAAAUACAGUCCAUGA